AUGGCGGGUAAUAAGGGUACAGGCGUCAUCAUGCAUAUAAAGCCCGUGGAGGUUUCCAUGCAGCUGCAGGAUGGAGAGAAGUUUAUCAAGUGGGAUGAGGAUUCUGGGGUGGCAACGCCAGUGACUUUAAAAGUGGAUAAGUAUGGUUUUUACUUACACUGGGUGGAUCAAAAUAAUGAGAUGGAUAUGCUGGACAUAGCAGUUAUAAGGGAUACUCGAACAGGAAAAUAUGCAAAAAUACCAAAGGAUCCAAAGCUGAAAUCUCUUGUAACGAUGGGUUCUCAAGACUCCUUAGAAGAUAAAACCGUGACAAUCUGUUACGGCUCGGACUUUGUCAAUAUGAAUUUUAUUAAUUUUUGCACAACGCGUGCAGAAAUAGCACAGCACUGGGCAGAACAACUCUUCCAAAUGGCAUACAAUUUGAUUCAAUUAAACACUAGCACAACUAUGUUUUUAUUGAAAGCGCAUACCAAGCUUGCACUCACUGCUGAUAAAAAUGAAAAGAUACCAGUGAAAAACAUAAUAAAAAUGUUUGCACAAAAUAAAGACGAUCGAAGGCGUGUUGAGAAAGCACUUGAUAUUUCUGGUUUUCCAUCUGGCAAAAAUGACGUCAUACCAUUGUUAAAAUUCCAAUUUGAGGAUUUUUUCAACUUUUACAAAUCUCUUACUCAAAGAUCAGAUGUGGAAAAAGUAUUCGAAGGAAUUAUUGGCAGUAAUAAACGCAAGCUGAUGUCUGUCUCGCAAUUUGUGGAUUUUUUGAACAAGACGCAGAGAGAUCCACGGCUCAACGAGAUAUUGUACCCGUAUGCAAACGAAGCAAGGGCAAAAGAUAUCAUAAAUCAGUAUGAACCCAACAAAUGUAAUGCAAAUAAAGGGCAACUCAGUUUAGAUGGAUUCUUAAGAUAUCUUAUGAGCGAAGACAACCCGAUCGUCGCUAUCAACAAAUUUGAAUUAUCCGACGAUAUGGAUCAACCGCUGGCGCAUUAUUUUAUAAAUUCUAGUCACAACACAUAUUUAACAGGGCAUCAACUUACUGGAAAGAGUUCUGUGGAAAUUUAUCGUCAAUGUCUCUUGGCCGGUUGUCGAUGCGUUGAAUUAGAUUUUUGGAAUGGGAAAUUUGACGAACCCGUUAUUGUUCACGGAUAUACAUUCGUACCUGAGAUAUGUGCUCGAGAUGUGAUAGAGGCAAUCGCUGAAACUGCUUUUAAAACGUCUGAUUGUCCGGUUAUUCUCAGUUUUGAAAAUCAUUGCAAUCCAAGGCAACAAGCCAAAAUCGCACAGUACUGCAGAGAUCUCUUCGGAGAAAUGUUGCUUGAUGCGCCACUCGAAUCACAUAAGUUAGAGCCAGGCCAAGAGCUUCCACCGCCAUCGUUACUAAAGCGCAAAAUAAUAAUAAAAAAUAAAAAAAAGCAUCAUCAUCAUCAUAAAAAGCAUCAGAAAAAGCAACAGCAAGGGUUAGACACUGUUGAAGGUACUCCGGAGAGUGAAACUAAUGGAACGAUGAAUCCAUCAGCUGCAGGAGAGAACGGUCCACCGCCGGAUGUAAUACCUCAAAAUGAAAUGGACGAUGCUGCACCUGAAAACGAACAGCAAAUUGGAAAUGGCGAUAUUUCUCAUCCUCCGAUGAUGCAACAAAGACAGGGCAGUAAAGAUAGUGCUCAGGAUGAUGAAGACGAAGAAGAUGAAUCGAGUACAGAAGACGAUGAAUCUAACGUAGAGGAUAUGAAAUUAAGGAUGGGUGAUAAAGCACCAGAUAAAUCUGCGGCCAAAGAAACAGAAGCAGGCGCAGAAAUUUCGGCUUUAGUCAAUUACGUGCAGCCCGUACACUUCAGCAGUUUUGAAUCAGCUGAAAAAAAGAAUCGCAUGUACGAAAUGUCGUCAUUCGAUGAAAAGCAAGCUACGACUCUCCUGAAAGAGAGGCCACUCGAGUUUGUGAAUUAUAACAAACAUCAAUUGUCCAGGGUAUACCCAGCGGGAACAAGAUUUGAUUCUAGUAACUUCAUGCCGCAAGUAUUUUGGAACGCGGGAUGUCAGUUAGUUGCAUUAAAUUAUCAAACACUUGACCUGGCAAUGCAAUUAAAUCUGGGAAUAUUUGAGUAUAAUCAACGUUGCGGUUAUUUAUUAAAGCCAGAAUUUAUGAGAAGAAAAGAUCGACGGUUGGAUCCUUUCGCUGAGUCUACUGUUGACGGUAUCAUUGCAGGAACGGUUCAUAUCCACGUGAUAUCAGCUCAAUUUUUAACAGACAAGAGAGUAGGAACUUAUGUAGAAGUCGAUAUGUACGGUUUACCGGCGGAUACCGUAAGGAAGAAAUUCCGUACAAAAAUCGUACCGAAUAAUGGUAUUAAUCCUAUAUAUGAUGAAGAACCGUUCGUAUUCAAGAAGGUAGUUUUGCCAGAACUUGCCUCGAUAAGAAUAGCCGCGUAUGAAGAAUCUGGACGUUUAAUCGGUCACAGGGUACUUCCCGUAGUUGGAUUAUGCCCAGGAUAUAGGCAUGUAGCAUUAAGAACGGAGUGUGGACAACCUCUACCAUUAGCAAGUCUGUUUUUGCAUGUUAUCGUGAAGGAUUAUGUUCCCGAUGGUUUAAGCGAGCUUGCUGAAGCUUUAGCGAAUCCUAUCAAAUAUCAAAGUGAAGUAGAGAAGAGAGAAAACCAGUUAUUGGUUCUUACAGAUUGUUUGGAAGCGCCGGAAGAAAUUGAAGAUAAGGUUAAAAUUGGCGAUGCUUCUAGUACUGCUAAACCAGUUGAGGAAGUUGUAAAAGCUAAACGAUUACAAUCGAUAGGCGAAUUACCAAGUCUUUUAUCGACUUCCAGUAGCUUACAUGGUAGACCAUCUAUCGUCGGUUUGGGUAGUUCAGACACAGUUGAUGUGGAGGAUGACACUCCCUGCUCUGCAGUUCAAUCAGUCGAUACGUCUGUAAAUAAAAGCCCAGUCAAUGCUAGCAAUAUAAGUGACGAAAUAGUAGCCGAAAGCUUUGAGAAGCUCAUGGAAAAUAAAUUGGUCAGGGAGAAAAAAAUGGAACUCGAGAAGAAACUUGAAUCUCUGAGGAAAAAACAUGAAAAAGAGAAGAUGCGGAUGAUGUCGCAGAAAACUUCGGUCGACGGUGAGAAGCAUAGAUCGAAAUUUUACAGCAAUAGGCUGGUAAAGCGGCUAUCGAGUAAAGCUAUUAGUUUUUCGAGUGAAGUGGGCUUAAGUACUUUGGCUACGGCUGAAACUUCUGAAUGCCCAGAGAAUGCGGAGGGAGAUGAAGGAACCAGAGGUUUGCCCAGAAGUCAUAGCGAACGAUUUUUAGCUGUAUGCAAAGCACACGUUCAACAAGAACGUGAACUUCAGGAGAAAUAUUACGAGAAUCUCUUUACUAUCGUCGAAAAAAUAAUGAGAGCAUCGCAGUCUAAUCAAUUAAAAAUGCUCCAAGUACUUCUAGACAGAGAAACCGCAGACGUUAAACGAAAACUACAGGCUACGAGACAGGGCGAAGUUAAGCAAUUGGCUAAGGUACACAAAGACAAAGCCGAGCUGGAACGUAUAAAACGAGAAGUCGCAAAGUCGACUGUGGAGAAAGCCGUGAAUGAGUGUACGCGUUUAACGAAAAUUUACGACAAAAAGAGAGCGGAAUUGGAAAGGCAGCAUGAAGAAGUGCGACAGAGGCUUGAAGAAGAACGAGCUAAGGUGAAAGCUAACUUGCUAGCAGAAUAUAGUAGCCGCUACAGCAAAUAUGAAAGUGGUGAGCUACCCCUGUCACCGUCUGGGGGAGCUAGCUUGCCCGAGUCAUGUAGCGAGAAUAUGUAUUGACUCGCGAAACGAGUCGUGUUUAGCUGUGUGUUAAUUAAGGAUACGGCAUUGAUUCACAAUGUCCACGUCUCGUGCCAUUUAUACGCGUCGUCUAAAGCAUCCAGUUAUGCAAUCUGGUGCGUCGAACGCGAAUCGCAAUCCGAAUUCUGCAACGAGAGAUACAUGAGGGAAGCAGAAACAGAUAUUGAACGCAAUAUUUUCCCGAUACUUGUAUCAAGGAAACGAUAACGAAUCAAUAACGACUAACGAAACGUUGGCAUGUAGUACUUGUCUACAGCCGCUCGGUGACGAUAAAACAUUCUUUCCAUCUCAUUGGAAAUACUGACAUCAUG